CGUGCGCGCGCUCGCGCUGCCUGGCGCGUACGUAAGCCCUGCCCCCACCCUUCAAGCCAGCCAGCCAGUCAGUCCGGCCUAGUCAGGAGGCGGCGGAGGCGGACUGCGAGCCCGGCCGUCUGCGAGCGAAAGCGGGCGCGCUGCGCUGGCCGAGGGGGCAUGAAGUGGGCCUGAGCCGCCAGCCUGCCGGGAGCGAAGCCAAGCCCAGCCCAGCCCUGUGGCCGCCCGCCUGCCUGCCCGCCCGGCCCUCCGCCCGCUCCCCACCGGCUCGGCCGCCGCCAGGGCCGCCAUUUUGUGCCUCCCCUCCCCCGCCCGCCCGCCCGACCCUCCCUGCCUCCCUGUGCGGGCCCGGCCGGUGAUCGAGCGGGGGCGCCUCCGCAGCGGCGGGGGGCUCGGCGGGAGGGCCCGAGGAGGAGGAGGAGGAGGCGGGGCCUGGCGCGGGCGGGCGGGGCGCGCGGCGGCGCGGGGGGGCCCCCAUGGCGAAGAAAACCUACGACCUGCUCUUCAAGCUGCUGCUGAUCGGCGACUCGGGCGUGGGCAAGACCUGCGUGCUCUUCCGCUUCUCCGACGAUGCCUUCAACACCACCUUCAUCUCCACCAUCGGGAUAGAUUUCAAGAUCAAAACAGUUGAAUUGCAAGGAAAGAAGAUCAAGCUACAGAUAUGGGACACAGCAGGGCAGGAGCGGUUUCACACCAUCACCACCUCUUACUACAGAGGUGCCAUGGGAAUUAUGUUGGUGUAUGACAUCACCAAUGCCAAAAGCUUUGAAAACAUCAGCAAAUGGCUCAGAAACAUAGAUGAGCAUGCCAAUGAAGAUGUGGAGAGGAUGCUGCUAGGAAACAAGUGUGAUAUGGAAGACAAAAGGGUGGUACCCAAAGCAAAAGGCGAACAGAUUGCAAGGGAGCACGGGAUUAGAUUUUUCGAAACUAGUGCAAAAGCGAAUAUAAACAUUGAGAAGGCAUUCCUCACGUUAGCAGAAGACAUUCUUCGAAAGACCCCUGUAAAAGAGCCCAACAGUGAAAAUGUAGAUAUCAGCAGUGGCGGGGGCGUGACGGGCUGGAAGACGAAGUGCUGCUGAAUGUUCUCCCCUCGCCAAGCGCCAUCCACUCGCCUCCCUCCUCUUCUUGCUGCGGAAUAAACCACUUUGCCCAUUUUAACCUUAAAAUAUUUUUGUUCCUCAUCUUAACAUGGCUCCACCUUUCCUUUGUUCUUCUGUUAGGGAGAGCUCGCUGACUAUAAUUUUCUUGAAACAAACUGUAUUAAAAAAAAAAUCAUGUCUGACCUUUUUUUAAUGUACCAGCUCGACUCAACACCACAUCCUGGUUGUAUUAUUGUCUAGUCUUAACAUAGAGCAAUCAUUUCAGCUCCAGUCUGCAAAUUGUCCAAGAAUAAAACUUAGCAUUAACAGUU